GCGGUUUGAAUAUGUGUGCACCCCUCAGCCCCACAGGUUGGUCUCUGGAUUUUGGCUGUAUCUGUUGGUACACAUCAGACUGGCUGGGUAAGACGAAGCAGGAAGCGGGAGUGAGCUUCAGAGAGAGGAGCGAUGGAGUCUGUUGGCUGCGCAUCGCAGGCUGUCAUGGGGCCUGCCUGUCAGACGAUUGCAGGCUGCCGAAUGCCAGGCAGGGGUAUCGUUAGCCGACAGGGCAGUGUGCGAGGGUUGGGCGGGCCAAGCCGCUCAACCUGCCAUGACAAGGUCAUCGCCAUAGCCAUCGCCAGCGCCAGGCGGGGAGUUGCAGCUCCCUCGGCAUGCUGUGCACGCGCAGGUCUGCGCCUGCCGCGGUUGUCAGUAAAGUUGCAGGCUGGCAGCCGCAUCUGCAGAGUCGCCAGCGACUUCCGGCGGCAGAUCUCCCUGUCGGGACACCGAUCCAAGCCCAUCCAACGGAGAGGGGCGGUGCAAAUGGCUGUCGGGGAGAUGCCGACGUACGAUGACGACGACUAUGUGGUCGUCGGGCUCGCGCAUUGUUUCACCAAGGACGAGAGUGGGAAACUCGAGGACGCUUUCGUCAUCGAGCCUAUCCCUGCAGGAGGACUGGAAUGCAUGGAGAACGGUGGCGUGACGUGUUAUAAGUACGUGACAGCCACACGAAUGGGGAAGAUCCUGUCACAGGACAAAUCUGUACUUCCGGAGGAGUUCAGGAGUGGUCGAUUUAGCGAGAGUUUCGACUUUCGCGCCAAGUGCGCUGCUCGCACGUGGAAACGACAACACCCUCAAGAGAAUUUGCUGCACCUCGUGGAGGAGGGCAGCGUCCGUUCGGAUUUCAACUUCUCGUUGGAAGUGAAAAGGGUGCUGAACGAGGAGGUCGUAGUCAAUGAUGACGACAACAUUAAACAAGACUUGAGUAUAGACGUGUACGGCCGUGCCAAGGACAAGAACGAGAUGAAGGAAAUCGAUAAAUUAUAUAAUGCCUAAUAAAACAGCAAAAAAAAAAGAAAGGCUCCUCCUCGUCCAAUCCUCCCCCUGCUCCUUGUUGUGAUAGUAGGUCGUCGUAGAUACAUAGGUGCAGUGUAAUUAUUAUUUUGUAACUUCAGAAGGAAAAUUGCCGAUCCCGACCUGGGUUCUGUUGUUCACGGGCUCUUUGUGCCUUCUUG